UUAUAUUUAGUAAUAGUGUGUUGUGUUGUGUUUGAUAUAUCCGUUUCCCAUACAAUAGACGGUCUCUUUAUUUUUCUACGGCAAACAUGAAAGUCAGCGGAACUUUGCGUCAGUACCGUAUCAUCGGUCGCCAUCUGCCCGAUGCGGCCAACCCGACACCGCCGCUCUAUCGGAUGACAAUCUUUGCUCCCGAUCACGUUGUGGCCAAAUCGCGUUUCUGGUACUUUACCCGACGUCUGCGCAAAGUGAAGAAAGCUAACGGCGAAAUUGUGGACAUCCAAGAGGUUCACGAGAAUCGGGCGGCCGAUCGGGUCAAGAACUACGGCGUUUGGCUUCGCUAUAACUCGCGUACCGGUACUCACAACAUGUAUCGGGAAUACCGCGACAUUUCUGUGGCCAACGCAGUCACCUCUUGCUAUCGCGAUAUGGGUGCCAGACAUCGGGCCAGAGCCGACUCGAUUCAGAUUAUCCGCGUUGAAGAGAUCCCGGCCGCCAAAUGCCGAAGAGCUCAUAUGAAGCAGUUCCACGACUCGAAGAUCAAGUUCCCGCUUCCCGUACGCUUUGACCGAUCGUUCAAUAAGACACGAUUCACUACCAGAAUCCCGAAGGCACGACUUCUUUAAACACAUUAUUAUUAUUUUUGAAAUAAACAUUUGAUUAAAAUAAUAAAUAAUUUUUUGUGUUGA